CGAUGAAGCUAUUCUUGCUUCUAACCUUGGUGUCUACGGUAGCCUGUAAAAAUGUUUUUGUAUCAUCGCCAUUUGAUAACUUUAGAAUAGAAUGCCCAAAACGAGCUGCAGCAACAGAAUUGGCUGUUCGAAUGGUAGAAUCUGUAGGUCAAAAGCGUCAGGAUGUGGUAUUCGAUUUGUCUUGCGAAACAGUUGAAGACUUGUAUCCUUGGGUCAACAUCCCAGUCGGCAUUGCUGAAAUUGAGCGCGAAGACUGUCACUAUUCACAAAUGAUUGACCCGAUUCUCGAUGACAACACGACAUUCACAUGUGGCCCAAGAGAGUAUCUUGCCGGAAUCACCAGACUUUCUGACACAAGAAUUCAAACAAUGUGCUGCCGUUUGCGAUCUCGUGAUGAGUUCAACUGUAAAGAUUUGAUUUUCAACAAGCCAAUCGGGUUGACAAGAAGCACGUUGAUCGAGAAUGACAAUCAACUGAUAAAUGCGAUUAGAAUUGAGGAACGCAACUAUGUUGUUAGGUUUUGCGAUUUGGCUCCACGUGCCACAGCUUCAAUCCUCUCUGAUGAGAAAGUUCGACCCAGCACCCCUGCACCAGAAGCAACUACUGAAGAUGUUCCAGUCUCUCAGGAAUUGGACACAAGCUUCGAAUCACGUCAGGAUAAACAAAAUCCACUGAAAGUUGUUAAAACUCAAAAAGGAGCAGAGGCCCCACCAACAAAAUUAAGAGUUCCAAUGCAUCCACCAUCAAGAGUUGAAGCUGCACCAGUUGUAGAGUUUCAGCAACCUGCAGUACCACUAAUUGAGAUCAAAUCCGAUGCUGAUGAUAUUAGUGAAGGUGCUCUGGAAUCUCUGCCAGUUGCUCCACAAGUGACAACUCGUAGACUUGCAACGGUCUCCCUUGCUCUUGUCACAAUCCCUCCAACCACUUCAACCACCGAAGAGCUUCCUGUCGAACAAGAGCUUCCAGUCACUGAGCCAAUUCCAGACGAAGAAACUACAUUCCCACAGGAAACCCCGGUGUUCAGUCAACAACUCGUCGAGGAUAUCGUUAAAAAAAUUGGCUCGGCUCAGUCAGAACAGAAGGCUGCACAAAUUUUCCAGCAAUCUCUGAACAAACUUUUGCAGAAUGCAAAUGAAAAGCCAAUUGAGGCAGUUUCGGCGCCAAAAGCUGGUCCGCCAGCUGCAAGACCACCACAAAACUUGGAUGAUGUGAACUUUGAAAAUGAGCAAUUCCCACAACCAUCUGGAAAGCAUAGAUUUUCGAAGGAACUUUUGCCAUUGAGAAAGUCAGCCGAUGGGGAAGAUUUCUCAAAUUUGCAGCCAGUUAACACGGAGGGACGUCGUCGUUCUCCAAUCAGGACCCAUCGGCCACAUGUUGAUAUCUGGGAUUCCGAUGAAGACGAGGACAACGAUAAGAUCGUCUCCGAAAUUAACGGAUCCGUUGAAAUGCAUUUCGAGACAACGUUGCCACCAAAAAAGAUUGUGAAAAAGAUUAUCAAGAAAGUUGUUAGAGCUCAUAGAACACGACCAACUACUACAACAGAAGAGCCUACAACCACUACAGAAGAAUCUACAAAAACUACUCCAAGAAUAAGAAGAACUCGCCCAACAACUACCACAACUACAGAAGAGCCAACGACUAGAAAAAUUGCAAACUCAUUCUUUAACUCAAUGGAGCAGUAUGAAAGCCCUUCGCAACGAAACCAGGUUGCAGUCACACAAACACCACGCCGUUUCCGCGGAAGGACAACCACUCCAUCAGCCCGUCGCGACCUUCCGGUGACUCGGAGAGUUGCCGAGACUCGUGUGAACCAGCAGGAUAAUGCCAGAUACAUUGACGAAGAGACCCAACUUUCGCCAUUUGAUGAUCCAGUUAAUGAGGAGUUGGAAGAGCUCAAAACUACCACUAAACAACCUGCUCCAUCUCAGAAGCAGAAAGUGGUCGAAGAUAGCCCAAGAAUCGAGUUUCAGGAAGAUGAGGAAUUGGAGGAUGUUAUCAACAAGUUGAGUGCUCGCCGUGGAGACAUUCGCCGUGCUCCCGUUCGAAACAGUUUUGCGGAAGCUCAAUUUGCCGACAAAGUAUCUCUCCCAAGAAAGGAUGCAGUGAAAACCCAUAUCCCACGAAAUGGUCUUCCAAUUGCACUCGACAUGAUGGAACCAAUCUCAAUGACGAAUCUGGACGGAUUUAGUUCAUCUGCCAGUGAAAAUUCUCGAGAAGAAGAUAAUGCGAAUCAGAACCAGCAUUUGAGCAAAAUGUCCAAUCCUGAACUUGAUGAAGAAGAGAGCAAAGAAGAAAUCGAAGAGGUGUCGGAUUCCGAGAUUGAGAUUGACAAUAAGAUCCCCGUAACAUUCCCAACUCGUGCCACCCGUCCAACCACCACUGCCUACGAUCCGAACAACUUCUAUCACACACCUAGACCACGCCCGGCUAAAAAAGAGUCAAUCCUUCGGUUCUGUUCAAAAGAAUCCGCCAUCAGAGAUCAAUCUAAUAUGGUGAUUGCAUGUGGACUCGAUCAAGACAUUUGGACACCAAGUCGCUGUCCAGAAAAUGCGGAUUGUUUCCCAUCACACGACAGUCUUUACAGAAUUUGCUGUCCUGUUCACCGAGUUGGAUAAGAAACAUUUCACGCAAAUUAAUAAUAAUAAUAAAUUUAAUAAGCUUAACUUCCUUCAUCUCUCAAGUCCCCCUGUAAUAAUACUAACCUUGAAAAUGGGUUUUCGAACACUCAAAAUACGAUUUUUUUUUGUGUUCUAGGUCAAUAAAAUUGACAAACAAUAUUAAUAAACAUUUCGUCUUCUGA